GACAACCUGCCGGCUCGCUGGCGCGUGUUCGUCAUUAUUACAAGGAGCGUAAGCCGUUUCAUUUUUAGUUUCUACUUUCCGUUUUUUUUAUUCUUAUCAGCUCCAAACAUUUUAUUUGUUAAAUAGUUUUAUUUUUUGCAUUACCUUAGUUUCUUGUUGCUACUCACUUCUUAUCUUCGUACUAUAUUAUUAACUUUUUUUUUUAAACCAUGUCUGGUACGUCGGACGACGAGGGUAGAGAUAUGGAGAUUGAAUUAGCGCAACUUGAAGCAAAACGUAGUUCAAUAAAAGGACAAACUACAAAAAUUGAAAAGUUUUUGAAGUCUUUCGAUGAUAGUGAGGCAGUUGAUGCUGUCGAGUUUAAUAAAUUAACUCUAAAACUACAUAAGUGUAUGGAGCUGAUACAGAAAUUUGAGACGCUGCAGAGUCGCAUAGAGGUUCUGAAUAGUGGAAAACUCGAAGAAGAACUCACAACACGAGACACUAUGGAAGAAAAUCUCCAUAAUUGUAUUGCAACCGUUCAAUUUUUACUUGAAAAACAUAAGCUAAAGUCGAGCUCUGGGGCUGAUAAUACAAAUUCUUCCACUACCACUCAUCACUCGCAUUGCCGCGAUACCAUAGUUGGUUUUAACUUGCCUCAAAUUAAAAUAAAUAAAUUUGAUGGAACAUUUUAUAAAUGGCUUGAAUUCCGUGAUACAUAUGAAUCAUUGAUACACGAUAACAUUAGUUUGAAGCCCAUUCACAAGUUCCAUUACCUUUGCUCUUACUUAGAAGGUGAAGCGGCGCGAGUUAUUAGUAACUUGGAAAUAUCAGCGGCGAAUUAUUCCGAAGCUUGGACUCUUUUAUGCGAGAGGUCCCUGAUGUCGCUACCGUCUCCAGAGCUAAUUGACAUCAAUCCAAGAAGACUAAACAGAUAUGAAGUAUUGGAACAAAUGAGACAACACUUCUGGAAAAGAUGGCAGUCAGAAUAUGUUACUGAACUCCAGCAUCGUUGCAAAUGGAAAACCCGGUGCAGAGAUUUAAAAGAAGGAGAGCUAGUGAUAAUUAAAGAUGACAAUGUGCCUCCACUAUUAUGGCGACUUGGAAGAGUUCAAAAACUUUACCCAGGCGCAGACGGAGUGCCGCGAGUUGCUGAUAUAAAGACAUCAAGAGGAGUCAUCAGACGCGCACUCAAUCGUAUAUCCCUUCUUCUAGACGACAUUGCUUGAAAGCAGCGCUUUCAAGGGCCCCCAGUAUGUUCGCGCGCGUAAUAAGGAAUGCGCGAGCGGCGACGGCGGCGGCUGAGGCGCGGGAGGCAGGCUCCGCGCAGGCGACGGCGGCGCGGCGGCUGAGGCGCGGGCGCCGGGGCGACCGCCGCCACACACACUACCUUGCUACCUUAACCGAACGGACGCGUUGCGAGCAAUCUCGCUGUUUUGUCGGGAAUUUGUAUUUAAUUUCAUAAUCACGAACAUUAUAAGUAAUAAUCACCA